AUGGAAAAGUCUAAUAAUAAUGUAGCAAAUCAUUAUAACAAAAUAAAGAGUCUGGGCGUGCAGAGCAGAGAAGCAUCAAAGAUUAUUGGAGUGCGUGAAGCAAAUAAUUUCUUAAAACAAAAACUAAUUCAGAAAUUUAUACGUGAGAACAGCGUUGUUUUGGACUUGGGCUGUGGGAAAGGAGGAGAUUUAUCAAAAUUAAAACACCAUAAUAUUAAACACUAUUACGGAUGUGAUAUUGCCAAGGAGUCACUUGCAGAAGCACUUAAAAGAUCGCUUACACAUAAAUUUAAAUCGGACUUUUUGCAGGCCGACUUUAUAAAUAAUAAAAUUAUAAUUCAAGAGAAGGCCGACUUAGUUAUGGCCCAGUUUAGCUUUCAUUAUGCAUUUGCAAAUGAAAAUUCUGUGAAAAAGGCAGUAAAUAAUGUGUGCAAUAAUUUAAAGGAAGGAGGAGUGUUUAUUUUAACUAUUCCAGAUAUGCAAGUGAUUACACGAAGAUCCGCUCGUAAUAUAGUAGAUGGCUCAUUUGGUAAUUCGUUAUACAAAGUAUGCCCAAAUAAGUCUUUCUACAAAAAUGAACUCUUUGGAAGAGGAUAUGAAUUUCACUUACAAGAAGCACUUACGGGAUGUGAGGAGUAUCUCAUAGACUUAAAUUAUCUGACAAGCCAUUUUGCAUCCAAAGGCAUUAAAAAGAUAUUUGACAUAGACUUUCUCUCAUUUCUAAAUCAUGAAAUGUCUGCAGAUAAAGAAACCUACUCAAGAAUGGUAAGGCAUCCUCUGACAAAAGAAGAACUUCCUAUAAUUGAGUUGUAUAGAGCUGUAGCAUAUAAAAAGAAUUGA